AUGUCUGAGAAAAGUGAGAUUGACCAUGCUCAGAUCGAAGGGUUGGGAGCAGCCACUGGCACUCCUGAACCUGUCAUGGAUCACUCCAAAGAGGAUGAAAAGGUCACUGCUAUCUCUGUGCUCACCGUGAUUGUAAGUUUUUAUGCGUGCUCCAAUACAGGGAAACAAAGCAGCUCACCUUGUUAUCUUCAGGCCAUCAUCUUUGGCUACAUGGCGCAGACUGCUGUUAUUCUCGCAGCGGGGAUUGGUGCUAUCUUUGGUCUAUAUGUUGCUGUGCGACAAGAGCAGAGAUUGAGCCUUUCCGCAAAUUUACGCGACUUGGAUCUUCCUGCUAUUAUCCUCGUGGUGAUCUCUCUAUUGACAUUCUGUGUCGGCAUAGGUUACACCAACAAUCCAUACCCGUGGACCAGUGCUCGUGUCCUGGCACCGUUUCUUGUCGGUGUAGCCAGCGCCAUUGCUCUGGGGGGUUAUGCGGUUUUCUACAAAAAGCACGGGCUGUUCGACCACGAUCUCUAUACAUCUCGCAAUUUGGCCAUUGCGCAAGCAGGAGUUUUUGUCGCGUCUCUCUCUUACAUUGCCGUAGCCAACUAUUCUGGCUUCCAAUGCAGCUUCCUCUACGGACAGAAUCUCUUCACGUCGGGACUUAUCUAUAGCAUUGUCUAUUAUGCCUCAAUCGUAACCACGAUUCUUACAGGAAUGUACUGCUCCCGGACAAAGAAGGUUCGACCGCCUGCGGUACUCGCGUUUGGGUGCUUUAUAGUCUACUUCGUCCUCAUGGCAACAGCAACAGCUUCAACACCUAUCGCAAACCUCUAG